UUGGUAUUUCAGAACACCUAAGACUGUUGCUGUUUUAAACUUUCAUGUUAUUUUGGAAACCACUGAACUCAUUACCAAACCUUUUUUAAAUCCCGCCCGAAGCGGCACAAAGGCCAUACAUUUAAUUUUCAACGGUUUACGGUGCGUGAAGCCCCCAAAGCAAUUUUGGGCCUUUCGGCCGCCGUACUUCAGUGACGUCAAAGAACGCUCCAGCCCUGAUUGGAUGGUUUUAAUAGUCGCGGGCUACUUGAACUAGGAAAGUUGCAACUUUCAAGUGAGUGGAAAGGCUGUGAGGUUUUGACUUGGAUUUCAGGCUGGAGGGACCCGACAUGGGGGACGUAAAUCAGCUCUAGUUAGAUAUGUAUUUAAAGGUGCAUUCUUUAUUUUAUCCAUUAUCUGCCUCGUUUGGGUCUGCGUGCAUCGCGGAGUAUUAAUGGUAUAUUUGCUCCAUAUCUGCAGUAACAGCCCAUGCCCCUAAGCAACGUUCGGUCCCCGGUCCUCGGUAAUCCGUUUCGUUUUUAAUCGAUCGGCGGCGUGUUUUGUUUUUCUUUUUUUACUUUCUGAUCACGUUAAAUAGCCUAGUAUCCCCCCGUCCACGAAAACCUAAGUGAGAAAGCGAGAACAAAUGGCGACUAUAAGUCCUGGAGGAACGGACGCUGUGACUGAGCGACGGAACCAAGAGAAUUUGCCGCCCGGAUUGCGGCUUGCUGGCAAGGAGAACCGGGAGGAUGCGUGCGCCAGACCGACCACCCGGACAGUGCUAGGGGCGCUGGCGCAGAACAACCAACGACGCCGGCCGCCAUCGCAGCGCGCAGCCAAGGUCGCAGCCUCCAAAGUGUCCAAAAACGAAGAUGAUUGUAAAGGUGCUGUGGGGAGCAAACAGCCCCCGUUCCAGAUCCACCUGGAUGAACCAGAGGUCCCAAAGAAGCAGGAGCCAGUUAAAACUAAGGCACCGGAAAAUGCCCUUCUGCCCCUGCACCCAGCAGUUACUGCCCUCCGACAGCCCCUUGCGGCUAUUGACAUACCCAUGGAAGUCAGUUUCGACUCCCCCAUGGAUAUGUCGAUAGUCGACGCUGAGGAGAAGCUGUUAAAUGUGAGCCAGGCAACAGCUUAUUCUUCUGAGAUCCACACGUACUUAAGAGAGAUGGAGCUGAAAUUGAGACCGAAAGCAGGCUACAUGAAAAAGCAGCCCGAUAUCACCAGCAGCAUGAGGGCCAUUCUUGUUGACUGGCUCGUCGAGGUUGGGGAGGAGUAUAAGCUUCAGAACGAGACCCUCUACCUGGCUGUCAACUACAUCGACCGUUUCUUGUCCUCCAUGUCUGUGCUGAGAGGGAAGCUGCAGCUGGUCGGGACGGCUGCCAUGCUCCUGGCUUCGAAGUUUGAAGAGAUCUACCCCCCAAUGGUGUCAGAGUUCGUCUAUAUCACCGAUGACACGUACACAAAGAACCAGGUCUUGAGGAUGGAGCACCUCGUCCUGAAAGUCCUGUCUUUUGAGCUUGCUGCCCCCACGAUCAACCAGUUUCUCACCCAGUACUUCCUGUGUCAGCCAGUCUGCAAAAGCACUGAGAGCUUGUCAAUGUUCCUGGGUGAGCUGAGCUUAAUCGACUCGGACCCUUUCCUGAAAUACCUUCCGUCACAAAUGGCGGCGGCAGCGUUCACUUUGGCGCACUACACGGUUUCUGGAGGAUCGUGGACGGAACCUCUGGAGCAGGUGACUGGCUACACACUGGAGGUUCUCACCCCUUGCAUUAUGGAUCUACACCAGACCUACCUCAACUCCCCCCGGCACGCACAGCAGUCCGUCAGGGAGAAGUACAAGACUUCAAAGUACCACAAAGUCUCCCUCAUUGAGCCGCCGGAGAAGCUGAUCCUGAAUUGACUUUUAUUUUAUUUUGCCCCAUUUGUAGGUUUUGUACAGUUUUAUAAUCCACUGGGGGCUCCUUUGACCCUUGUAAUGUUACUUUUUAAUCAAAGUUUUUAAUGUGCAAUCUUGUAGCGCUUCGUUACAUUUGAUACAGCCUGAAAUUUUGAAUUUUAGUUAAUCACGUUUUUAAAAAUCGGGAGUCUGCUUGUUUGCUGAAGUGUCGUCUCACUGCUGUGAAAUCUGCUUUGACCAUUUCAUCAAUAAAGGUGCUGUGUCAGCCUGCUCCCC